CCCCUGGCCGAGGCCUGUGUUUGUGAAAAAUCGUAACAUUUUGUUGUAAUGUGAGCAGCGGAGUCGACAAACUGGGAAUCGCGCAGCGCCGUCACGAACACACAAAAUCACAAGCCGCCCGUGUGAAAAGACACAAGCGCCGAGACUGCGGAACGACAGCCACCCCGAGAGCGAAACGGUUUUCCAGCGUCGGCAGCGCGGAAACAGCAAACUGGCAACCGAAAGAACUGAAACGCGUACGCCUGGCGUCCUGCUGGCCUGCUGGCGGAAAAUCAAACCCAACGGUCUUUAGCGCGUAAAACUUUCAAAACCUCCCUUAUAUAAUUUGUAUAUAUAUUUUCUACGACACGUUAACCAGAUUUUUGGCGUUUGAAGUUGAAGCAAGAUACAUAUAUUUUACCAUUGGAGUGUUUCUUUUUCCAAGUUUUGUUCGGUUACAUUUGUGUUGAAUUUCUGCAACCCGGCGGCGUUACAAGCAAGAAGAAACCACAGGCGAGGACACGUGGCUAGUUCCGACGGCCGAUAAGAUGUUCAGUCCCGAGUACGAGAAGCGCAUCCUCAAGCACUGCAGUCCCGUGGCCCGAAAUCUGUUCGACAACCUCGAGUCGUCCACCACGCCCACAUCACUCGACCGCUUCAUACCCUGCAGAGCGAACAACAACUGGCAGACGAACUUCGCGUCGAUCAACAAGUCCAAUGACAACUCGCCGCAGACGAGCAAGAAGCAGCGGGAUUGCGGGGAAACGGCACGCGAUAGUCUGGCCUACUCCUGCCUCCUGAAGAACGAGCUCCUGGGCUCGGCGAUCGACGACGUGAAGACCGCCGGCGAGGAGCGGAAUGAGAAUGCCUACACGCCGGCCGCGAAGCGGAGUCUUUUCAAGUACCAGUCACCCACCAAGCAGGACUACAAUGGCGAGUGCCCGUACUCCCUGUCUCCCGUCAGCGCCAAGAGCCAGAAGCUGUUGCGGUCGCCGCGCAAGGCCACGCGCAAGAUCUCGCGCAUACCCUUCAAGGUGCUCGAUGCGCCCGAGCUGCAGGACGACUUCUAUCUGAACCUGGUCGACUGGUCGUCGCAGAACGUCCUGGCAGUGGGCCUGGGCAGCUGUGUGUACCUGUGGAGCGCGUGCACCAGCCAGGUAACCCGCCUGUGUGAUCUCAGUCCGGACGCAAAUACGGUGACCUCGGUGUCGUGGAACGAGCGCGGCAACACCGUCGCCGUGGGCACUCACCACGGCUAUGUGACCGUGUGGGAUGUGGCGGCCAACAAGCAGAUCAACAAGCUGAACGGCCACUCGGCCCGCGUGGGCGCCUUGGCCUGGAACAGUGACAUCCUGUCGAGUGGGUCGCGCGAUCGUUGGAUCAUCCAGCGGGACACGAGAACGCCGCAGCUGCAGUCGGAGCGCCGCCUGGCCGGGCAUCGGCAGGAGGUGUGCGGGCUCAAGUGGUCGCCGGACAAUCAGUACUUGGCCAGCGGCGGCAACGACAAUCGGCUGUACGUGUGGAAUCAGCAUUCCGUGAAUCCCGUGCAAUCCUACACGGAGCACAUGGCGGCGGUGAAGGCGAUCGCCUGGUCGCCGCACCAUCAUGGACUGCUGGCCAGCGGCGGGGGCACGGCGGAUCGGUGCAUACGAUUCUGGAACACGCUGACGGGCCAGCCCAUGCAGUGCGUGGACACGGGCUCGCAGGUGUGUAAUCUGGCCUGGUCCAAGCACUCCUCGGAGCUGGUCUCCACGCACGGCUAUUCGCAGAACCAGAUCCUGGUGUGGAAGUACCCGUCGCUGACGCAGGUGGCCAAGCUGACGGGCCACUCGUAUCGGGUGCUCUACCUGGCCCUCAGUCCCGACGGCGAGGCCAUUGUCACGGGCGCCGGCGAUGAGACGCUGCGAUUCUGGAACGUGUUCAGCAAGGCGCGCAGCCAAAAGGAGAACAAGUCCGUGCUGAAUCUGUUCGCCAACAUCAGAUAAGGACAAUAACCCCAAGGACCGAAGACUGAGCGAGGCGCCAAAGGCAACCAACACGAAACAGAAAACACACAAAGCACAUAGCAAGUGUGACAAGUGAAACAACAAAACUACAAGAAACCAAUCAGCAAACCAAGCAGAAACGAACUAAUCAACAAGCCUACAUGCUAGAUAGACAUUCAAGCGAUUCUUGUUCACCAGUCGUUAGUGAAUCCUAGUUACCACAGCAGCAAUAGUUUAAACAAAUCUAAGUUAAGUCCUUUGUAUAGAACGGUUAUUAGCAACAUUUAUGUAGGAAAACACAUGCAAUCUAUGAAGAGAAAGAACAUCAAUUAGUGGCUGAAGCAAGAACUGAAAGAGAAACCUGAAACUAAGUCUACAUAGGCCCAUAUACAAAUAUUAUAUACGGCGAUUGUAAGUAAUUGGAUAACUAACAACACCACACUCACUUAUACUAUGUAUUUAUAAUCCACAUUUUUUUGUUGCUUUCCUUACGUGUCUUUUUUUUUAGUACUCUACGCCUAAGAGAAUUGGAUAGAUAUAUAUAUUUUUUUGCUAGCCCAUAAGUAACUCCUAACUUCAAGCCAACACGUAUGUCCUGCUCAUUUCACUCACCGCCCAGACUCAUAAAGGAACCCACUAUGUAUAUUAAAUAAAUUUAUACAAUUUCAAAACGUG